AUCAAGUCAGGAACUGAAUGCAGCAAGCUGCCUCCGGCCACACAUCUUUCUAGGGAUGUCAUUUUUUAGAUAACCUUUGUAUUUUACCCAAUAUCAACCUCAUGAGAGAGCAUUGGUGGAUGGCAACGAAAGGCCUUGGAAUCUGUAAGAAGGAAUACAAAGAAAACUUCAGGAAAAGUUCCUGCCAACUUUUUAUUUCCUCCUGAAACUGAUCUUCACUCUCAGGACUUAAGUUCUGACCUGGUUCUUCUCCUUCUUUUGAGGAUCUAACUUUUUGGAUAAGGGAUUUUUAAAGGAACUAAUAAGAAGAUGGGAGUAAAAUCCAAGGUCUCGUCGGUUAUAUUGUAUCUGCCUAUCCUCUACUGCUUGGCAGGGGAAGUCUACUCCUUUGGCGACGAGGAGGAAAGGCGAUGUGACCCUAUCAGGAUUUCAAUGUGUCAGAACCUUGGGUACAAUGUCACCAAAAUGCCCAAUCUGGUUGGGCACGAAUUGCAGUCGGAUGCAGAACUUCAACUCACCACGUUCACCCCUCUCAUACAGUAUGGGUGCUCCAGCCAGCUACAGUUCUUCCUCUGUUCUGUGUAUGUUCCCAUGUGCACAGAGAAGAUUAACAUCCCCAUUGGUCCUUGUGGUGGCAUGUGCCUUUCGGUCAAGAAAAGGUGUGAACCUGUCCUUAAGGAAUUUGGAUUUACUUGGCCUGAAGGUUUAAACUGCAGCAAAUUUCCUCCUCAGAAUGACCACAAUCAUAUGUGCAUGGAAGGUCCUGGAGAUGAAGAGGUCCCACUGCACAGCAAGACCUCUGUGCAGCCUGGAGAAGACUGCACCAUAUUUGGUCCAAAUGCAGAGCAGUAUACUUGGGUGAAAAGAAGCACGUCUUGUGUUUUGAAGUGCGGCUAUGAUGCUGGGCUCUACAGUCGUCUGUCUAAGGAAUUCACCGAUAUUUGGAUGACCGUAUGGGCCAGCUUGUGCUUCAUAUCUACUGCCUUCACUGUCCUUACAUUUUUGAUUGACUCUUCCAGGUUCUCUUACCCUGAGAGGCCCAUCAUCUUCCUGAGCAUGUGUUAUAAUAUUUAUAGCAUUGCUUACAUUGUGAGGUUAACAGUGGGCCGAGAAAGAAUAUCCUGUGAUUUUGAAGAGGCGACAGAACCUGUCCUUAUUCAGGAAGGGCUGAAGAACACAGGAUGUGCUAUUAUUUUCUUGCUGAUGUACUUUUUUGGGAUGGCUAGCUCCAUCUGGUGGGUUAUUCUGACAUUGACCUGGUUUCUCGCUGCUGGUCUCAAAUGGGGGCAUGAAGCAAUCGAAAUGCACAGUUCCUAUUUCCAUAUUGCUGCUUGGGCCAUUCCGGCUGUGAAAACCAUUGUUAUAUUGAUCAUGAGACUUGUAGACGCCGAUGAGUUGACCGGGCUAUGCUAUGUUGGAAAUCAAAACAUUGAUGCCCUCACCGGAUUUGUGGUUGCUCCACUUUUUACCUACUUGGUGAUUGGGACUUUGUUCAUAGCUGCUGGCCUCGUGGCCUUGUUUAAAAUUAGGUCAAAUCUUCAAAAAGACGGGACAAAAACUGAUAAAUUGGAAAGACUGAUGGUAAAAAUUGGCGUCUUCUCGGUUUUGUAUACAGUGCCAGCCACAUGCGUCAUCGCCUGCUAUUUUUAUGAAAUCUCCAACUGGCCGGUUUUCCGUUACACUGCUGAUGAUUCCAACAUGGCAGUGGAGAUGCUCAAGAUAUUUAUGUCUCUCUUGGUGGGUAUUACAUCUGGAAUGUGGAUCUGGUCGGCCAAGACACUGCAUACGUGGCAAAAGUGUUCUAAUAGAUUAGUAAAUUCAGGAAAGGUAAAAAGGAAGAAAAGAGCGGACGCUUGGGUUAAGCCAGGAAAAGGGAACGAGACUGUUGUAUAGCUCGAGGUUGAGCACAAUUCACAAAGUGAACACCGUCCUACAUUGAGUUCUUGGAGACAUAAGGCUUACAUCUUUCGGGAUAACUCUUCGGGCUUCUAUGGGAUGUUCAUUUUUGUUCCUAAUGGCUCCCCAAAGUUGGCAAAGCCUGGAUGCCUUCUGUCCAUGGUUUCAGCACUAAAGGUUGUCCAAGUGGUAAAAAUGAAUGACCUCAGGAAACAGAGAGCUAGACUUGGCCUUGUUCGCUAGCUCCAAAGGAUUUGUCACCGAUGGGCCAUUUUAGGGCUUUUUUAUAGUUGAAAAAAAAAAACUAUUUUUCAUAGGUUACAUUGUGGUAAAGUCUUAUAUCUUGUACACGACUGGAAGGUUGCUUCCGAGACAAUGGAUUAACGAAUGUGACUACCAAGCAAGCGAACAUGCAAGGCACAUUUUAUCCUAUUGCUUCACCAGUGUUUUGCCCCACUACGAAACCACUGCCCAAGGUGUAUUUUAAAAUGUCUGACAGAAAGAGUGAAGCCUCUGAACACUGGAAACUGUUUUAGACUUUUUGGUGCCUUACUAACUGAAAUAUUUUCAUUUGUGUGUGUUACUGCCUAACAUAGCCAAUCACCGAAUGCAGGAAGAUCUAAUCUCCUGAUCAUUGCUGUCUGUAGUUAUGGGCAAGGACAAACAAAACUUUGUAGACCAAUUAGACCACUUCAGAAACCAACUGACCUUUUGUUUGGCAGACAUCUCAAAAACUGAAAAGAAAAAAAUCCAAAAUGUUAGGCACUAACUUUAAACUUCUGGGCACAUUGGCUAUGAAUUUGUCCAGCCCGUUUUAAAGAAAGUAUAGCUGGUCAUAGUCUUGUUUUUUCAAUACUUCUAGACAUGAUGGGUCUAGACUCUAGAAGAACAAGGUCUGUGGACUCUUUGUGUUCAUAAUGCACUAAAAGUGAAAAUAUAUAGAAACCGAAUAGGCUCAUAUGGAUUGAAAAGGAAAGAGAAACAAUGCACUAUUUGCUCUCUGUAUAUAGGAUUAGUAUAUGUGUGGUGCCUUUGUGAAUUAUAAGAUAAAAUAUUGAAAAAAGUAAAGUAUUAGCAUAUGGAAUAUCACAACUCCUAUAUAGAUAGUGAUGUGAUUGGCUGCUAGCCAUUUUAUCAGGUGAGGUCACCAGCAGCUAGUGAUGUCAUCGGGGCCUAAGGCACAUUUAUAGUUUCAUGUAGAGUAUGCCUUGUUGAUGUCACUAGUUCCUAUUGAUUUCAUAAGCUCCAUUUUUGAUACCUGAGCCUUAAGGCCUAAACAUUUCAGAACUUUAAAUUUUUUUUUUUCCUAUGCUUCAUUUUAAUUAUAUUGAUUCAUAUUGAAUAUUGGAUUUUUGUUUUAAUAAUGACAUGCAAUGUGUUGUUUUUUACAGUAGGGGUCACUGUUGUGAAUAAAAGGGGCAUGCCGCUACUCUAUAGGGUGCUGCCUUCUACACUAGGUGUCAGUGAUGGGGUCAGUCGGCAAGUUGAUCCCCUCCACUGACAACAGUGACAUCUACUGUAGAAGGAAGCACACUACACCAUAUUGGCUUUCAGUGUUUUGCCCCCUGUCCAUUGACAAUAUGUACAAGCCUCUACUGUAGGUAUCCAUGUUAUCAAAAAGGAGCAGACUAUAUUGCAGUGUACUAACCUCUACAGUGGAGGGGACAUGCAACUAUGGUAUAUUACAGUGCAUCGCCCCUAUGUUGCAGUAUGCUGGCCUCUACAGGACGGGUCACUAUUGUCAAUGGAGGGAACAAGCCACUAUAUUGCAAGGCACAGACUUCUAUAGUAGCUGUCACUAUUGGCGUACAGUAUAUUCUCCUCCAUUGACAACAGUGACACCUCGUGUAGAGGCCAGCAAUGGUCAACAUAUUGGCUUGCCGACCCAUGUUGCAGUGACCUAGACUCUGCAGUAUUUUUCUCUGUUGUCAAUGGUUCUUAUGCCAAUAUGCAGCAGUUUCUUGGCCCCUACAGUAGGUGUCGCUAUUGUCAAUGGAGGAUACAAGCCACUGUAUUGCAGAGCACUGACUUCUACAGUAGGUGUCACUGUUAGAGUGCAGCAUAUUCUCCUCCUCCAUUGACAACAGUGACACCUAGUGUAGAGGCCAGCAUAGUGCAACAUAUUGGCUUGCCGACCCAUGUUGCAGUGUGCUUGUCUCUGUUGUCAAUGGAUGUUAUGCCAGUAUGCUGCAGUUUCUUGGCCUCUACAGUAGGUGUCACUGUUUCCAAUAGAAAUUGUAUUAUCUCAUUCCCAUAGGUAAUAUAAGACGUUUCCCAUUUUUCCCAAUUCUUUAAAGUCACUGCUUGGUCACCUUAUGUAUCAUGCUGUCUUCUUUUAUGCCCUUUAAGGAAAAGAACAGGGACUAGAAGGUCAUUGACCGUUUUAUAAAAUCUUAGCUAACAUAAACCAUAAUUAUAUGGUUAAAAGAGUCGACUUUGGACUUUUUUCCAUAAAUUAUUAACCAAGUUCCAAACUACGUAAAACCUGUCUGUGUCCGGUAUGUAGGAGGCUGCCGCUGGAGUCUUAGCAAGCAGCUAAGCCAUACUGGUUAACCCUACUAGCUAUGACAACUAGGUAAGGGCAUGCUGAGAGUUGUAGUUGUGCAGUUGGAGAGCCGCCGGUUGGACAUCUACAGGGGUCCCGAAUAGAGGGGAGUCUUACUCUAGUGAUUGUGUGCAACUUUUUUGGCCAAUCGCAUGACAGUUAACCAACCCAAUUGUCUGAUUGGCUAAAAACCUUCACUUGACAGUUUUAUCCAGAUGUAGGCGCUGGUGGUCAUGCUUGAUCCCCUGAGGUCACCUUCCGGUUUCAGGAUGUUGGGUGAGGGUCAAUCUGAUUGGUCGCUAUAACCCACUCUUCUAAUUUUUUAUACCUGAUUCCGACUAAUUUUCUAUAUAGGAGUUGUAUUUUCUAUGUGGGAAUUUAUCAGUGUGAAAUGGAAAAGCCAACGUCCUUGUGCCUUAAAAGUCUAUUUUGUGGAAGAAAUAUAGAAUAAAUGCUUUGACAAGGGUGUAUGAGGCUAGAAAAAAAGGUCUGCUUUUUUCCAAGAAACAGCACCACUCUUGUCUACAGGCUGCGUCGGGUAUUGCAGCUUAGACUCGAUCACUUGAAAAGGGCUUAGGGGCAAUACCAGACACAGCCCAAAGUGAGGGGCAUAUGUGGAAAUGUCUGAUCUUUUUUUUCUAAUCUCAUAUUAAAUGAAAUGCCCAUUCUAUACCUGCUGACGAAACAUCAUGUGAUACGUCGACAAAACUUCCAGGUACAAGUAAUAUACUCAUGUUAGACAUGAAUUUGUGAACUUCUGUGGAAAUAGACACUGCUUUUAUGGGUGUUGCAUUUUGUAUACGUCUUUAAUGGAUAUGUCUUGUAAAUGUAUGUAAAUGUAUAAUUUAUCACUGUACAAAUCUUUUAUAUUUAAUUUUUUAUCAAAAAAUAAACCACAUUUUC